CCACUCACUCGCUCUCACUCUCACUGGGAGUCAGAGGGAAAACGAAAGACACAGAGAGAGAGAGAGAGAGAGAGAGAGAGAAGGAGGACGACAACAGGAACUAGGGGAGGUCUGACGCCACACGCUCUCACACUCUUGUACGGGACAAUACAAACUUCUUGUCUGUCUACGUGCACUCCGGUUGCCUGCUCAGUGCGUUAGGAGAACCACCACCACCACCACCACCACAGAGCUCUCGGUGCCUCACAUGGUGCACACACGCUGUCACUGGGCAACACGUGCAGCGCUGUUUCCCGAGGAAGAGGGAAAAAAGGAACCUUUAAACGCAGAGUCCUCCAGGCCAGCCGCAAGGUCUGUGCAGCAGGACUGUGUCUUGUAAGCAGCAGGUUUGUGUUGGAGUGUGAGUACAUGUAAGAGGAAGUGUGUUUGUUUGUGUGUGUGUGUGUGUGUGUGUGUGUGUCUGUAUGUCCAUGAACGGAUCAACGAUGCCCUUAAGACACUCUCUCCCUAGGAGGUCCAACAUGGACUCGGACGUCCAGCAUUCCAAGGCUACGGCUGGGGCUUACCUGAUGGCCCUCUAAUUUUCAACCCUGACCACUCUGGACACCCUCUACUUCAACAGAUAAACGUCACAAGAUCAGAAGAUAACAUAAACGUCACGCCAGCAAGAACACCACUCAAGUGACCCUCGAGAACUCACUCUUUUUGUUCUCUUUCGUGUUUUUCUUUUUUUCCUACAAAAACCUUCCCGUCAGUUGCAGACAUGCUUUGGCGUAGGUUUGUGUGUCCUCUCCUCUCCUUGGCAGCCCUUCUGGUGGUUGCCAGCUGCGGAGUGGCAGAGCAAAAGAGGAGCACAGAUGGCACCACUGCGACCUCGGUGGGCAAAGGUGGCAGCAGCAGUGGCAGCAGCAGCAGUAGCAGCAGCAGUAGCAGCACAGCUGGUGGGCGGGAGGGUAGCGGUAGCAGCAGCAGCAGCCGGCGCUACCACCGUGUCCAGCACGGCCAGUGCACCUACACCUUCAUCCUGCCCGAGGGCGAGGGGGGCCCCGGGGGCACCCCGUGCCGAGAAGCCAAGGCGGGCACCCCUGCGUACAACGCCAAUGCCCUGCAGAGGGACGCACCGCCACCAGAGCCGGACUUCUCCAGUCAGAAGAUCCAGCAGCUGGAGCACGUCAUGGAGAACUAUACCCAGUGGCUGCAGAAGAUCGAAAGCUACAUCAGGGAGAGCAUGAAGAUGGAAAUGGCGCAGCUGCAGCAGAGCGCUGUCCACAAUCACACGGCGGCCAUGUUGGAAAUGGGCACCAGCCUCCUAUCUCGGACGGCGGAGCAGACACGCAAGCUCACAGAUGUGGAGACGCAGGUCCUCAACCAGACAUCAAGGCUGGAGAUUCAGCUGCUGGAGAACUCGCUGUCCACCAACAAGCUGGAGAAGCAGCUCAUGCUGCAGACCAACGAAAUCAGCAAGCUGCAUGACAAGAACGGCUUCCUGGAGCAGAAGAUGCAGGAGAUGGAGUCUCGGCACCGUGAGGAGCUGGAGGCCCUGAAGGACGAGAAGGGGGACCUGCAGUCCCUGGUGGGCAAACAGCUCGGGGUGAUCCGUGAGCUGGAGGACCAGCUCGGCCGAGCCACGGGGAACAGCUCAGCUCUGCAGAGACAGCAGCAGGACCUGAUGGACACGGUCCACAACCUCCUCAACCUCUGCGCUAAGGAAGGAGUGAUCCCAAACAGCACCAAGCAGACAGAAGAGGAGAAGACAUUUAAGGACUGUGCCGAGCUCUAUAAAGCUGGCUUCCAGAAGAACGGCGUGUACACCAUUCAGAUCAACAAUCUAGAGCCCAAAAAGCAGGUCUACUGCAACAUGGAGAGCGCAGGGGGAGGAUGGACUGUGCUUCAGCACAGAGAAGAUGGCAGCGUGGACUUCCAGCGGACGUGGAAAGACUACAAAAUGGGUUUUGGCAGCGUGUCUGGCGAGCACUGGCUGGGGAACGAGUUUGUCUACCAGCUCACCAACCAGCGGCAGUACGCCCUGCGGGUGGAGCUGACCGACUGGGAUGGACACCAGGCGUUCUCCCAGUAUGACCGCUUCCACAUCGGCACCGAGAAGCAGAACUAUAGGUUGUUUCUGAAGAGCCACACGGGCACAGCAGGUAGGCUGAGCAGCCUGGUGAUCCACGGAGCAGAUUUCAGCACCAAAGACGUGGACAACGACAACUGCAUGUGCAAGUGUGCACUCAUGCUCACCGGCGGUUGGUGGUUUGACGCUUGUGGGCCAUCAAACCUCAAUGGCAUGUACUACAACCAAGGGCAACACGUGGGCAAACUCAACGGCAUCAAGUGGCACUACUUCAAAGGCCCCAGCUACUCACUCCGGGCCACCACCAUGAUGAUCCGACCCCUGGACUUCUUAUAAUGACCCCCUCCCCUCCCCCCCUCCAUUCCAUACUACUGGGAAUGUUCCAGAACAGUGCUUCUCACUGGCAUCUUUGCAUGACUCUAUCCCAACACCUCCACUGAACUCGUCUGGCGAGCCUUAUACUACCUGGUGGCAAGUGACACUUUUGCCUGAUAACCUCUCUCCAGGAAUUGGGAUGGGGGGAAUUUCUGGGGCCUAUUCUUAUCACGGUGUUUCUGCCAUGGUAGGUGCUUCAACUCUUUGGGACUUUUUGGAAGACAAACUUGGUUCUGUUAUUUUUACAUCCAAGGUAUGAACUUCAAGUGCCAUACACUUCUCACUCCAGAUCAGAGGACUACUGUUCUUGCCUUUGAUGGGAUGGGAUGGGCCUGGCCUUUGGUUUAUUUGGCGGCUAGGGCCACUCAGCAAACACCCUCCAUCUGGAAGGUCAUUGGGAAACCAAGAGAAGAAAUGUUUGAAUUGUUUUGUCAUUGUCUUUUUUUUUCGUAACAUGGAUGAUCAAAUUGCACAAUUACCUUUGGGACAUGAGAUAUUUUAUAUUUUAUGCCUUUUUUUGUAUACCAGUACUUUAGUUUGAUACAUUUGGAAUGCUAUACUCUUUUGUAAAUAAUUUUCCCAGGCAACCCGAGAAGACGAAUCGUUGCACACCGCUCCAUUUACAAGGUCAUUUACAGCAUAAUACUUGUAAUAUUUGUCUUUCAUGGGCAACAGAAUGGAACAAUGACUCUGAGAGCAAGGCCAUUGGUCAAUAGUUGUGCUGCAACAUGUACUGUAUGCUUGUUGGCCUGCCAAAGACUGUUGAUUAGUUCUAGAGUUCAUACUGCCCCCAUUGUUGUUGUUGGCUGUGACCUAUGAUAAAGGUUGAUCCACAUUUAUUAUUGGAUGUUUUACAGCCAGUGCCAAUACUCCAAAGUGCAAUAAUUUCAGCUCAAUGUCAGCGAUUGCAUUAGCGAACGUAAAGAGAAUGCGACAUUGCAACAUUGCUAUGCAAGGUACAUCAGCAUAAAUCACAAGAAGAAUUGAAAUAAAAAAUUAUGGGCUGUUGUAUUUCAUUAUAAAUACUGUAUCCUGUGGCCAUUAAACUAGAUGCUGGCAAAACCACAAAAUGUCUACAUAAUUAGAUGCUGGAACAAAAGGGCCAUUUGUGUAUCUGACAGUGGCAGAUUAAACAUGCCAGGAUUCCUGGAGAUCUGCUGCUAUAGUGGUGAACUAGUCAACAGUUUUAUAUUUUCCUUUAAAUCAGGGCCAGACAUUAGAGUUGCAGGGUCAAAACUCAACAGUUGUCUUGUUCCUUCAAAUUAAUGUUAUUUUAGGUAGAAUAAAAUGUUUAUCGGGAGCAAGACAUUAGACUACCAAAGCAUCUGGUAGUUAUUAAAUAACAUCUCCUUUCAUUCUGAUACAGUUCUACUUACAUGAGAACAUUAUACAGCAUAUCAAGAUGCAAUUUCAAUUGGUAAAGUAGCCUACAGUGUUGAACUUUGCAGAAAGAUGUACAGGUUGAUUAGCUGAUGAAAUGCCCUAUGUUGACACCAAGGCUACUUUGUCAUCAGCAGUAGCCUAACGCAAUGAAGCUGUUUCGUCAGAAGCUGGUCAGACAGCAUGUGUUCAAACUGCAAGUUAAAUUAUUUGGUCAGAUACAGUACAUAGGUCAAAUUACAGUUCAGUACAGGUCAAGUUACAAUGGCAUAAUUUUACCAGCAUCUGGUACAAUAGUCAAUGCUAAUAAUGUAACACAGCAGCCCAGAGGCUUCAGUGGGGAAGUCAGUGUGGGAUGCACAUUGUGAAUGCUGAAAAGUUCCCUUUUACGGAAACUUAAUCUUACUUAGUUGCUAAACCCAUCAUAUCCCAUCAGUCAUCCCCACGGCCCUUAUACUCCAAGCGGUCCCCAUUCAGAGCUGCUGUUCUGAAUGUUCUCCUCCACAGUUAAAGAUGGCCUCAUUAAAACCUGAGAGGUUGGCUCAUAAUGUUGUUGUUUUUUUAAGACGUUACCGUCUUCAUCUGUGUCUGAGGCACUCUGAUCCAUCAUCAUCGGAUGAGAAAAACCCAUUGCUGCGUUGGCAGCUGCAGUCAUCAUGGCCUCCUUUCAUCAGCCAGGUUUAAAAUGCUGUUUUAAAGCAUCCCAGCUGAAGCCGUGAUAAAACGAAUGACUUGCUUCAGUGCUCUGCACACUUCUAUUACAAAACCACCAGCAUGGAACGACGACUAGCAAGCAUAUUUUCAGUUUAUCCUUUUAUUGAAGGCAGGUACUCUUGUAAAAAUAAAAUGCCUCAUUGUAUCUGGUGUGUGUAGCGCCUUGACCUGACAUGUUUAUUAACAUACUAAAAUGGUGUAACUGUAAUUUAAUAUGUGUACAUAUAAAAUAACUUUCCUGAGGAAAGCACUGUCAUUUAUAUAUCCUCUGCAGGACCAUGGUUUUCAUUCUGAAGUAAUAAGAAUAACAAUAGAAAAGACCAGUGCCUUCAAUGACUCUGCCAUUACCUCAUAAAAAGCCGUUGUUUUGCCAUAUUAUUUAAACUCUUAUUUUUGUAUCAGUGGUCAGAAUUUCAUGAUGCUAGACUGAAUAAAAGCAAGCAUGUGAUGCAGUUUUGAUUGCGGA